UGCUUUUGAACAUUUUGGAUGCCUUGGCCAAAGGUUGAGAGCAUUGCAUCUUGGCGUUGUCUUGGUGCCUGUGAGCUUUGCAGGCCAGUGAGAGUGGCUGCUGACUAAGUAAUCCUCUUUGUGCACCUCACUCCUGUAGCUCUGCUUUGUGGCAGUUGUUGACUUCAUUUCAAAACAGUCCAGGUGGUGACCUUACAACCCAGCCAGAACAACUCCACACAUCUUGACUGGACCUUUUUAUCCCCCUCUCUUCAUCAGGUUGAGACUCUUCAUCACAGUGGGGACUACUUCAAGUUUCAUUUUCCCUUUCAUGGAUUAUGCCUUAAUUUUCAGAUCUGCACUUGCCUCCUGUGAGAUGGAAAAAGUGGAUUAUGACGGGCUGAGAGCAGAUAUAUGGCAACUGCUGGACAUGAGGAGCGGAUACACAAUAUGUAAAAGAAUACAGUGUUACUGGAGUUUUGACCUCUUCAGGCUUUCGCUCUUCUCUAUGGAUCUAGUAGGCUGCUGCCUUCUCCUGAUUUAAGACAAACAGAUGAGGUCAGCUAAGGUCAUCACCAUGGUGACCUUUGCUGAUACAACACAGGUCUCCCCUGUGGAGCUGCGAGAACCAACCUGCCUGACCGCAAGCCUGUCCCCUGGACUGCGGCGGAAAAAGAGGCUGUGGCAGAAUGCUGUAAAACACAUCAUUAUCCAGCAGGAGCUCAGCGCCCAGAUGGGUGUAGAGCCAGCACGUAAAAUAUUUGUGACGGAUACCUACAUGGACGAGAUCAACAGACAAAUCCGCAACAAGUCCUUACGCGGGGUCACAAAACGCCGCUCCUCCACGUUCAGGGUGCACCCUUCCCAGGCCCGUGGUUCCACCUGCACACAGAACAGUGUCAGUGGUUCUUUUAAUGAUUACGCCAGUGAUGCUGACUUCUUUGUGCACUGGGGCCACACAAUUCGUGGAGUCUACAUACCCACCCUGAGGCACACGUUCAAGUCUCGUGACCUGGAGAAACUCUACCAGCAACACUACUCCCACCAAAGACGCAACUCUCUAGCCAUCACCAAUGUAAUCGAUGCUGUGGCCAAGCUACACGUAUUGGUUCUGUACCUGGCUCUGGCCCCUGAGGCAGUCACAGACACUCUGCGUGGCUGCCUGACAGGCAUUUUCAUGAUGUUAGCUAUUGUACUGUGUGUCACAGUGUUAACCUGCAAAGACUCCGUGUCCCCACGGUGGCUUCACUACGCUGGCCUAGCCAGCUGGCUGUCGCAGACCACACAGGUGCUGGGAGGACUGGUGUAUGGACUGGAAAAAGACCCAUCGUGGUAUGUUUUGUUCUCAUUGUUUGCCACAUACACGCUGCUGCCGUUACCUCUUCUGUGGGCCAUGUGCGCUGGCUCCCUCACCUCAGUACUGCACCUACUGGUGGAGAUAGUGCGCUACUACAAUGAUGCAAUGCUCUUGAGAAAGGUUUUUGCCAAAGGCCUGCUGUACCUGGGUAUGAACACAGCUGGCUUGUUCAUCCACUACCUGACAGACCACGCCCAGAGACAGGUUUUCCUGGAGACACGGCGCUGCAUUGAGGGUCGCCUCAGACUAGAGCAAGAGAACCAGAGACAGGAGCGAUUGGUCCUGUCGAUCCUGCCUCGCUUUGUUUCUUUGGAGAUGAUUGCUGACAUGAGCGCUUUGGAAGAUGAACUCAGUCCUCACGAGUUUCACAAGAUCUAUAUUCACCAGUACAAAGACGUCAGCAUCCUUUUUGCAGACAUCAAAGGCUUCACUCUGUUGUCGAUGAACCUGUCGGCACAGGAUCUGGUCCGAACCCUCAAUGAGCUCUUUGGACGCUUUGACCGACUUGCAGAUGAACACCACUGCCUGCGGAUAAAGAUACUGGGAGACUGUUAUUACUGUGUGUCAGGGGUCCCUGAGCCACAGCGUGCCCAUGCCCGUCAUUGUGUCGAGAUGGGCCUGGCUAUGAUCAACACCAUACGCUCCGUGCGGAAGCAGCUGAACUUUGACAUGGACAUGAGGAUCGGGAUCCACUCUGGCUCUGUCCUGUGUGGGGUACUGGGCCUGCAGAAAUGGCAGUUUGAUGUCUGGUCCUGGGACGUGGGCAUUGCCAACAUGCUGGAGGCCGGGGGCAUACCAGGACGCAUCCAUAUCUCAAGGACGACUCGGGACUGUCUAGAGGGCACCUACAAGACAGAAGAUGGUCAUGGCCGUGACAGGAGCGAGUUUUUGCUCAAACACAACAUCGAGACUUUCCUCAUCUGCCCUCAGGAGGAGAGGAACCAAGUUGAUCUUAUCGUGCCCACCAAAAUCCAGAAAACGAAUCGAACUUGGAACCCAGAGAUACCCCUUGGGAACGUCAUUGACAUGAACAGUAUACUGGCCUCCUUCACCAACGGCUCGCUGCCCAACAUAUGGCAGUCCACCUCCAAGGAGAUUAACAAACGCAUCCAACAUGCCAUUGAGGUUCAGAGCAGUGAUCGUAUGCACAGGGAGCACAUCACUCCACUGACCCUGGUGUUCAAAGACACGCACAUAGAAGACAAGUUUUCCCAGAUGAGAGAUGAAAUGUUUAACUCCAACCUGGUCUGCUCCUUCAUCCUGCUCCUCUUUCUCAUGGCUGCUCAGGCCCUUAUUCCUGCCCCCAGGCUGCUCCCAGCCAUCCUCCAGUUUUCCAUCUUCCUGCUAGCCUACAUGCUGCUGCUGCUGUUGGCCUUGGCUGAAGAGUUCAAGUGCACUCCUGCAGCACUGCAGUACUUCUGCUGCUGGAUCCAUGAAAACAACAGUGCCCGUAACCUCCUCACCCUCACCGCCAUCGUCAUCAACUUUGGCUUGGUCUCUACUGACAUGUUAUGGUGCAUUCUCACAGACACAGGAGAGACUGAUGUAGUGGACAAAACCAACACAGCCUCACGUCCACUCACCGUCUGCACUUACCCCGAGGCGUUUGUAUUGAGUGGUGUGAUCGCCAUGGUGACUUGUGCUGUCUUCCUGCGUCUAAACUCUCUGCUGAAGCUGGCGGUGUUGCUACUUGCGAUGGCCGUCUACUCCUACCUCAUCCACCUGACCUUCCUCUCACUCACACGCCAUGAUAUGCUGCACAGGUCUCACUAUGUCAGGAGAAAAGGAAUUUGCAUCCUUCUCAUGGCCAUGUUUAUUGUUGCUGUCUUCUACAAUGGACGACAGUGGGAGGCCACUGCCAGGCUAGACUUCCUGUGGCGUCUGCAGGCCCAGCAGGAAGUGGAAGACAUGAGGGAACUGCGGGAACACAAUGAGUGUCUAUUGCACAACAUCCUGCCUGUGCAUGUGGCGCGACAUUUUCUAGACCGGAGCAAGAACGAUGAGGAGCUUUACUCCCAGUCCUAUGAUGAAGUCGGUGUCAUGUUUGCCUCCAUCGCUGGCUUCAAUGAGUAUUUUGAGCAGAAAGAGAUCAAACAUGAAGGAGUGGACUGCCUCCGACUUCUAAAUGAGAUCAUUGCUGGCUUUGAUGAGUUGUUGGAGGAGUCGUACUUCCAGUAUGUGGAGAAGAUAAAGACCAUCGGGAGCUGCUACAUGGCCGCCUCUGGCUUAGCUCCAGACAGACAGGCAUCUAUGGAUGAAUGGAAUCACCUGAGCGAGCUGGUUUUGUUUGCGCUGGCGAUGCAAGAGACCUUGAAAGAGAUGAACAGGCAUUCUGCCAAAAACUUUCAGCUACGUGUGGGUAUCGCCCAUGGGCCAGUGGUUGCGGGGGUGAUUGGUGCCACCAAGCCGCAGUAUGACAUCUGGGGGUCAACAGUCAACCUGGCCAGCCGAAUGGACAGCACAGGUGUGAGCGGGCACAUCCAGGUACCUGAGGCCACGCGCAGGAUCCUGGUAGAAUGGGGUUUUGUCUUGGAGCUACGUGGAGAAAUCUUUGUCAAGGGGGUGAGCGAGCGUCAGGGGAAAGUUCGCACCUAUUUCAUCAGCACCAUGCGCAGCAAGAGAGCCAACACUGGAACAGAAGGCCGCCUUGGGGGGCGGACAGGAGGACGCAUGACGCUAGCGGGAGUGGUGUUUGGUCUCGUCCAGGCCAGGAACAAGGAAAAGAUAAGAGAAACCAAUGGGGGGUUCGGUCUGACUCCCUGCACCCUUCAGUGCUGAGGGGACUUUUAAGGUCAGGAGACAGCAGGAGGAGGAGAAGGACAUAAUCCAGCCAUAUUGUUUGUACUGGUUUUGCUGUUUCAUACUUUACUAUGAAAAAAAUUGCCACACAAACAGAGAAGAGGGUAAAGCUAAUCCAAAUCCUACCAGAGCUUUUAUUCCUGUUUCCAUCAUGACUGUGUCCUCCUUGGCUUUCCUGUCAACCAAAAUAAAUCUUAAAGGUUUUGGGCUGUAUUGUGCUUAACUGACAUAUAAGGAAACUCAUCUAUGGGCAGACUUUCUGUUUUUUAUUGCCAUAUCUACACAUUAUAAGAACUGUUUGCAGUACAGACAUUAACCAGGGCCAACAUGUCUUUUGUCUUUUUUUGGCUGGGAUAAUACUCCAGACCUCUAAGCCAAAACACAGAAUACCUCAAACAACCAGCUCAACCUCUCAUAGACUACCAAUGGCCUAUAUAAUACUGACUAGUGUUUUUUUUUUUUUCGAAAUACUGUAUUUUGCUCGAUCAACAUAAUUCACCAAGCAGAGGUUCCAUUAUUUAUUAAUCCAUUUCAGCUCAGGUUCAUAUUUUCCAUUAAUAGUUUAAACCUGUAUUAGCUCCCACUGAAGUUGUAUGUCUAAGCUUUCAUUUCACCGUCACUGUUGGUGGAUUUUUGAGAUUUUUGAAACAUCUGAAUGUGACCAAUCACGCCGUAGCUAGUACAGUUUUGCUCUCACUGCCCAUUGUAGCCGUGAAACUCAACACAGUGUGAGUGUUUAUCUGUUGAACCAACUUUUAUGCCAAAACCAAUGUCACUCCUCUCCUUGUAUACUCAAAGCAAAGGACACAGAAGGUUGUUUUUAUGUGCAAUAAUGAUGUAAUAACGUAAUUAUAUUGUAGACCUGAUGCAUGUUGUCACUGUGACAUAAAAAAAACCUUUGUCUUUUCAAAUUAUUAUGUGUUAUUAUGUUUUUUUAUAUUUCAGCUGAAGGAUGACUUCAAGCUCCUCUAUGGGAUAGCUUAGUUAUUUAAAACGUUAUAAAUGUUAAUCAAAAGUCUUCACCCAUGUAAGUUGUACACCUCAGAUUUAUAUGUUUAAAAGCAUUCUAUAAAUGUAAUGUGUAGUGUAACAGCAUAAUGGUAACAUUGUGUAAUUUAACUUUAUGUAGGUAGGUUAUUUUCUUUCAUAAUUUUUACAAAAACAUUAAAUGGUCUACAUUUUCUGCUGAUAAAACCAGUACUGACAACAAA